CUCUCUCUCUCUCUCUCUCUCCCAUAUCAGUGAAGGGGAAGGGGGGCUCAUCCCGGCAUCCUGAGGGGAGGUAAUUUGCACGGAUCAAGGGGGCAAGGCGCCGCAAAGUAUAAAUACUGUGACUUCAAUAGAGGAUCACCAGCAGGUUCCCAACUCCGCUACCAAAGGAGGGAGGAAUUGGCUGAGAAGAUAUAUUCUUUAUAUAUUUUUUACCUUCUUCCUGAGUUGGCAGCAUCAUCUCGUAUAGGCUAUCAUUUUCAAGGGGUCGGCUUUAAAACGAGCCACACCAUUGAUGUCUUAAGCUGUCGUGGAAGCACAAGGGAGAGUGUGUGAGUGAGUGUGUGUGGUGGUGGUGGUGGUGGUGGUGGUGAUUUUUUUUUUUAAGAGGGGAGAAGGCAGUGUGAUGGAAGAGCUCACCGCUUUCGUGUCUAAGUCUUUCGAUCAGAAAGUAAAGGAGAAGAAGGAAGUGAUAACCUACAGGGAGGUGUUGGAGACCGGGUCGACGCGAGCGGGGAGCAGGGAGUCUUUAACCGGAGAGCCGGGGAGCCGAGAGGACGCUGCAGCCGUCACCCGGAACGGAGCGCUCUCGCCGGGCAGGGAAACGGACAUGCUCGGCCCGGAGAGGAUCAGGGACGCCGGGAGCCCCAAACUAAUAGACGGCAACACGGACGUGAAGGAAAGGAAAGAGGACUCGAAGCCUUUAGAGGAUGAGGCACAGACUAAAAUCAAACAGAGGAGAAGUCGGACUAACUUCACAUUAGAGCAGCUCAACGAGCUGGAGCGUCUCUUCGACGAGACCCACUACCCGGACGCCUUCAUGCGGGAGGAGCUGAGCCAGCGGCUGGGACUGUCGGAGGCCCGAGUACAGGUUUGGUUCCAGAAUAGAAGAGCCAAAUGUAGAAAGCAGGAGAACCAGUUACAUAAAGGAGUUCUGAUUGGAGCAGCGAAUCAGUUUGAAGCUUGUCGUGUAGCGCCAUAUGUCAACGUGGGGGCUUUACGGAUGCCAUUCCAACAGGAUAGUCAUUGCAACGUGCCGCCCUUCUCCUUUCAGGUGCAGGCGCAACUGCAGCUGGACAGCGCCGUGGCCCACGCGCAGCACCACCUGCACUCUCACCUGGCGGCGCACGCGCCCUACAUGAUGUUCCCCGCGCCGCCGUUCGGCCUGCCGCUGGCGACGCUCGCGGCCGAGUCCGCCUCCGCCGCGUCGGUCGUGGCCGCCGCCGCCGCCGCCAAGAACACCAGCAAGAACUCCAGCAUCGCCGACCUGAGACUGAAGGCCAAAAAGCACACGGCCGCGCUGGGACUGUGACGCCAGGGAGACCUGGGGGCGCGAGGCGCGUACGCGCUAAAUGCCGCGUCCUCGCUACUGAGAGACACUGAACACAAAACCCAAGAGCAGAGCGAGAAGAAAAUAUCCAAGGACGAUAUUUAUGUUUUCUUUUUUUAAAAAUGAAGGACGACGAGUAUACGUUUAAAAAUAUAGGCUAUUUAUGAGACAAAUAAAAAAAAGACUGUGACGUGAUAUAGCCUACACAGAUGUGAUUUUUGGACGCGGAUGGACAGCGAGCAGGGGACACCCUGAAGGAGGACGCAGCAGCUGGGACGGUCGAUACUUUGUCAAACAAGGCGAACCAUUCUGCAGUUGUUCUGUUUUAAUAUUAUAUUAUUAUUGUUAUGAUUUCAUAUAGAGGCUGGCCUCGUUAUAAAAACACUUUCUCUGUAAAAGGACAGAGCAGGAAUUCUUUGAAGAAAAAAAAUAUUCUAAGUGUUUCUCUCCCUCUUCUGUUUCUUGUCCAAAAAAAAUCAAAAAUGCCCAAGCAAGUGUUUGCAUGAGUUUGUCUUCACGGAGGACGUGAUGUGAGCUCCACCUCUUCUUCCUCUCCCCCUCUCUCUCCCUCUUUCCUCUCCUCUCUGAGGAACUCUCACUUGAAUGUUUGGCCUAUAUUUGACCUUGUUUGGACCUCCUCUGGUGAAACUAUAGGCGACACACCACAAAUGUGAGAUUAUAAUAUAUGUGUAGGCUAUAUGCUGAACUUUUUUUGGUCAGGAUAGCCCGAUAGUGUCCAUAUAAGGUGGUGAUCUGUCCCCUUUUAAAGGAGCAUCAUGUCAUCUUAAACACGAGGACUGUAUGCGAACCGGUACGGGCACGUGUAAAAUAUGUUUAUACACAAGAAACAUGCAUUAUUUUUAUUAUUUAGUGGCUUUAUGAAUGCCUUGUGGGGAAUUUGUUCAUUUUUACUUUAUUUCUGUGUAUUAAAAAAAUCAUGUGCUUUCUGUACGUAA